AUGGGGUGCGCGGGGGUGCUUGUGACCCCGGCAGUGCUCGACUCCACCAGCAGUCAGACCUGGGACAAGAUCCUGCAGGAGAACCCUUGGCUAAAGACCACCAACCUGGUGGCCAAGCCGGACCAGCUGAUCAAGCGCCGGGGCAAGGCGGGCCUCCUCGCGGUGAACAAAACCUUCGACGAGGCCAAGGCUUGGAUCAUGGACCGCAUGUGCAAGGAACAGAAGGUGGAGCACGUCACUGGGCAGCUGACCCACUUCCUGAUCGAGCCUUUCGUGCCGCAUAAGCAGGAGCAGGAGCACUACAUCUGCAUGCUGUCGCAUCGGUACCACGACGAGAUCUUGUUUUAUCACGAGGGCGGGGUGGACGUGGGGGACGUGGACGCCAAGGCGGAGCGUUUGGAGCUGCCCACCGGGGAGGGCCUCACAGAGGCGAAGGUCACCAAGGAGCUCCUCAGCAAGCUGUCCGACGCCAAGAAGGCGAACAUGGCCUCCUUCAUCGUCAGCCUCUACAAGUUCUACACGGAUCUGCACUUUGCGUACCUGGAGAUCAAUCCCUUGGUCAUGCUGGACGACAACACGGUGAUCCCCCUGGACAUGGCCGCCAAGAUCGACGAGACCGCCAACUUCCUGGUGGCGCAGAAGUGGGGGGAGCUGGACUGGCCUCCGCCCUUCGGGCGCGCCGCCUACCCCGAGGAGGCGCUGAUCCACGAGAUGGACGGCAGGACGGGCGCCUCUCUGAAGCUGACCAUCUUGAACGAGAAGGGCCGCGUCUGGACCAUGGUGGCCGGGGGUGGCGCCUCGGUGGUUUAUGCCGACACGGUGGCGGACUAUGGCAUGGGACACGAGCUGGCAAACUACGGGGAGUACUCGGGGGCCCCCAGCACACAGGAGACCUUCGUGUAUGCCAAGACUUUGCUGUCCCUGAUGAUGAAGUACAAGCACCCGGACGGGAAGUUCCUGAUCAUCGGCGGCGGCAUCGCCAACUUCACGGACGUGGCGGCCACCUUCACCGGGCUCAUCAAGGCGCUGCAGGAGUACGCUGACGACAUCAAGGAGAACAACAUCAAGAUCUUGAUCCGGCGCGCCGGGCCGAACUACCUGGAGGGCCUGCGCAAGGUGAAGGCCGCCAGCGAGAAGCUGGGCUUAGGCAUCAAGGUCUACGGGCCCGAGACCCACAUCACCGCCAUCAUCCCCAUGGCCCUGGGCCUCAUCGCGGACUUGCCGGAGCCCGACCUGUCGGCGCCCUGCGGGCCGCCGGUGCGCAAGAUGAUCGACCUGAAGGGCAAGAAGCCGACGCCCAAGGGCCACCCGGCUCCGCCGGCGGGCACCAAGCACACGCUGGUCACCGCCACACCCGACACCACGUGCAUCGUAUACGGCAUGCAGAACCGCGCGGUGCAGGGCAUGCUGGACUUCGACUACAUGUGCAAGAGGAAGCAGCCCAGCGUGGAGGCCAUGAUCUUCCCCUUCUCGGGGAACCACUACGUGAAGUUCUACUGGGGCACAGAGGAGAUCCUGAUGCCGGUGUACACCACCACCAAGGAGGCGGUGCAGAAACACCCCAAGACCUCCGUCUUCGUGAACUUUGCUUCCUUCCGGUCUGUGCAUGAGACCACCAUGGAGGCAAUGAACCACAGCAACUUGAAGACAAUGGCCAUCAUCGCGGAGGGUGUGCCGGAGCAGCAGACCCGGGACAUCAUCAAGGUGGCGGAGGGGAAGGGCGUGGGCAUCAUCGGCCCGGCCACCGUGGGGGGCAUCAAGCCUGGGUGCCUGCGCAUCGGCAACACCGGGGGCAUGUUGGACAACAUCGUGAUGUCCCGGCUCUACCGGCCCGGCUCCGUGGCCUACGUGUCCAAGUCCGGGGGCAUGUCCAACGAGCUGAACAACAUUGUGGCCCGUAACUCCAAUGGAGUGUACGAGGGUGUGGCCAUCGGUGGGGACCGAUAUCCUGGGAGCCGGUUCCUGGACCACUUCCUGCGGUACCAGGACGACCCCAAGGCCAAGAUGCUGCUGCUCCUGGGCGAGGUGGGGGGCGUGGACGAGUACGACCUCAUCGAGGCCAAGAAGAAGGGCCGCAUCACCAAGCCGGUGGUGGCCUGGUGUGUGGGGACCUGCGCUUCCUGCUUCACCACGGAGGUGCAGUUCGGACAUGCAGGCGCGCAGGCGCGAGGCGACAUGGAGACGGCGGCGGCCAAGAAUAAGGCAAUGAAGGAGGCGGGCUUCCACGUGCCUGAGUCCUUCGACAAGCUGCCGGAGAUGAUCAACCAGGUGUACACGCAACUGGUCGAGGAGGGGGAGAUUGUAGAGACCCCGGAGGGCGAGACCCCGCAGGUGCCCAUGGACUACACCUGGGCCAAGAAGCUGGGCAUGAUCCGGAAGCCAGCCAACUUCAUCUCCUCCAUCUCCGACGACCGGGGGGAGGAGCUCACCUACUGCAGCAUGUCCAUCUCCGAUGUCUUCAACAAAGACAUCGGCAUCGGUGGCGUGCUGUCCCUGCUCUGGUUCCGGCGCCAGCUUCCCGAUUACUGCACCAAGUUCAUCGAGAUGAUUCUUAUGGUGACUGCGGACCAUGGCCCGGCGGUGAGCGGCGCCCACAACGCCAUUGUCACUGCUCGCGCAGGGAAGGACCUGGUGUCCUCCUUGUGCAGCGGGCUGCUGACCAUCGGCCCCCGCUUCGGCGGAGCCCUGGACGACGCCGCCCAGAUGUUCGCGGACGCCCAGGGCAGCGGCGUGGCGCCCAAGGAGUGGAUCGACAAGAUGAAGAAGAGCAACCAGCUGAUCAUGGGCAUCGGCCACAGGAUCAAGUCCCUGGCCAACCCGGACCAGCGGGUCGAGAUCAUCAAGGGCUUCGCCAAGAAGAACUUCAAGGCGACCCCGGUGCUGGACUACGCGCUGGCAGUGGAGCAGAUCACGACCAAGAAGAGGGCCAACCUGAUUUUGAACGUGGAUGGCUGCAUUGCGGUGUCCUUUGUGGAUAUGAUCCGAUCCUGCGGAGCCUUUAGCCAGGAGGAGUGCGAUGACUUGAUGUCCUUUGGGUGUCUGAACGGUUUGUUCGUGCUGGGGCGAUCAGUGGGCUUCAUUGGCCACUAUCUGGACCAGCUGCGACUGAAGCAGCCGCUGUACCGCCACCCCUGGGAUGACAUCACCUACAUCCAGGAACUGGCUGGCCAGGGUCCUGACAAGUGA